CCUUUCGAUUCACCUAGGCUGCGUCCCUGCAGCUGGAACAGAGUGGGUUUAUUAUUAACUCUCUGAAAGGCAGCAGUGGCAGCAGAAGCAGCAGCUUGAACAAGCUUGAAGUCGCUGGCUAAUUAGCAGCUCUUGACAUGGCAAAUGACAGCACUGAGGAACUGCCGGUCCAGGCUGAAGACCCUGAGGCUGAAGAACACAUAUACGAAACAGUGGAAUGGCCUGACAAGGCAGAGCAGAACCAGCGACUGGCUGUGGAGGAGCUCAUCAACACCGAGGCCAGCUACGUACACAACCUUCAGCUGUGCAUUGGCGAUAUCCGCCGUCACCUGCAGAAGAAACAGCUGCCUCAAAUGGACCUGGAAGGAUUAUUCUCUAAUAUAGAUGAUGUAUUGUGUGUUUCCAAACAUUUCCUGAGAGGACUUGAAGAAGCAGUGAAUCACAAGCACGAUGAGCAGCUCUUACACAUCAGCACUUUAUUCCAAGAGCUCAAAGAAGAGAUGGAGAAUGUCUAUAAAACUUAUUGUAGCAACUAUGACCAAGCUCUUCUGCUGCUGGAGAGUUACAGGAAGGAUCCAAGACUGCAAAAAGAGAUGGUGGAUACCCUGACUAGCACAGUGCCUUACACAGGUGCUUCAGAUCUGAGCUUUUUCCUUGUGAUGCCCGUGCAGCGGGUCACGAAAUACCCACUGUUGCUUCAGAAGAUUUUGGAAAACACUCCUGCCAGUAACAGCGCCUAUGAAGCCCUUCGAGCUGCAGCCAAUGCCAUGAUAGAUGUCAAUGCCAAUAUCAAUGAGUACAAAAGACGCAAGGAAGUAGCAGAUAAAUACAACAAGCCUGGGUACCUGACCUUACGGGAACGCCUGGCCCGCCUCAACACACACUCUAUUGCCAAGAAAACCACACGACUCAGCCGCCUCUUCAUGCAUGAGGCUGGGAUUGUGUCUAAAACAGAGGAUAAGGAAUUUGAUGAGCUGGAAGAGAAGUUCCAGUGGCUGGCUUCAGCUGUAGCUGACCUGAAGCAGAAUGUGGCAUCUUUCCUGAGCAAUUUGGAGAUGCUCUUCAGUUCUAAACCACAUGAGAAUGAGCUGGAUGUAGGAGCAGGAACAACCCAGCAAUAUUGCCAACUUGAGAGGAAACUCUAUAACACCGUCUUUCCUGAGUUUAAGAAGCGGUUGGAAGACCUGGUGUACCUUCCGCUGUGCAAUCUGACAGAGACUAUGAAAGGCCCUCAGAAACUGAUCAAGAAACGCUUUGACAAGCAGCUGGACUAUGAGGAAUUUGAGGAGAAGAGGAAUGAUACAGGCAGUGUGACCUAUGAAGAGCAGGUUGCCAUGAAUACUUAUCUUGCCAUUAACUCUUUGCUUGUGUCUGAGCUGCCCGUAUUCAACCACGUCACCCUGCAGUGGCUGGGGCACAUUCUGCAUUCCUUUGUGGCUCUUCAGAGCGAUCUGGCCAAGAAGGUUCUGCAAGAGGCAGAAGAGGAGAGUGUCCAGCUGCCGCACAGUCACCUCCCAGAUGCUGAGUUUUGGAAGAUGGUGAAAGAUACUUUAAGCAGAGCUGAAGAUCAGCUUCACCCCUUCCACAAGAAAUUUGAGACGGUCUCACCAAGCCCUGUUGUGCAGCCUCUUAGCCCUGCAGAAGAGAAGAAGGUCCUUUUGCUUCUGAGCAAGCACAGCCCAGAAAAGCUGUUCCAGGUGAUAAGCAACACCACCAGCAACAAAGCAAUGGACCUGACCUUGCAAAAGGGACAGAUUGUGGCUUUGCUGCAUGGCCAGGACACCAAGGGCAACCCUAACCGAUGGCUGGUGGAUACCGGAGGCCCAAGAGGCUAUGUCCCAGCUGGGAAACUCCAGCAAUAUCAUUUUGUCCAAACUCCAAAGCCUGCAAUGCAGCCAUUCGCUCCAGGUGAUGGUGCUGAGAGACAUUAUUCCAACAACUUGCCCCAGACUCCCAAGCUGCCAGUACAUUUCAGAACAGCGGCUUUACAGGUAAUAGCGGCUUAUUCCUUCACAGCCAGGAGCGACCAUGAGGUUAGCUUGCAGGCAGGUCAGCCAGUGACUGUGUUACAACCUCAUGACAAGAUGGGAAACAAAGAGUGGAGCCUGGUGGAGGUGAAUGGACAGCAAGGCUAUGUGCCUUCCAGCUUCUUGGCAACAGUGUCUGUCCCAGAACCACCUGGAUGGAGCUCGCCUGUCUGGUCUUUUCCAGCUCAGCAAACGUAACCAUAAAGAGAUGCUCUGUUUCGGAAGUCAGCUGUGCUCACACUUUCCUGCCCUUUCCAUUUCUUCCACACAGCUUUGACAUGUUGUGCAGUGAGCAAAAAGGCAGGUGGUGGGGCGGGAGGCCUGUGGAUUGGCCUAAGUGCCAAGGGUGGAUUUAUGUUGCGUACUUACUGGAAAGAUGCAGAGGAAUCAUGGGGGCAUGGCUGCUUGUGGUGUCCUGGUUUUCCAUUGUGCUUUCUUGACCUUGCAGCACUGGUAAGAUUCAUUCACAAGAUGGGAGGCCAAAGAGUCUAGACUUGACCCCUCUGUGCCACUGACCUCAUUUGAAACCAGAGGUCCCUGUGAAAUGUGUCAAGUAGAGGGCUAGAAGUAGAGAGCUAGAAAGCUGGUGUAUUCAUUCCAGAAUAACCAUCUCAGCCGGCAUCAGCAACGAGGUCCUGGCCCCCAGGCCAGUAGAAAUCUCAUUCCUAUUUCACUGAAGUGAAGUUCUCCUUUCAGCUCUAUGUUGGUGGAGGAAGAGUCACAGAAAUGGGUCCAGUGUUUGCCACUGAUGUACGUGGUCCACCUCCCAAGUUGCUAAAUCCAGUCCUUUUAUCUGGUGUGACAAGCCAAUUUUAAGAAACCAGAGACAGGUACCACAGUAUUUCUUAGCUGUGGGUAGAUUCAUAAUUCAUUUAAUAUGUUGCCCUGCUCUGAUAUGCAGUGAAAUAACUGGAGCAUGCCCAGAUAAGAAAGUCAAGGUGGGGGUGGGUAUUCAUUUCCUUGACAGCUUUAUCUUGGGUGUGCAGUCGCUGCCUACCCCCUGGGUGAGAAUGCAGGACUGCAAAGUAUUACAGAGGUGGGGGUGGAAGUAAAAUGUCAGGCACUGAAAAACAAGACAAGAGGAAUAGGAGUCCUUGACUUGUUUUACUAUGUUUUCCUUCAAAAAGAAAAGAAAAACAGAGCAACAAUAACAGGCUGAGGUUCUUCCCAAGCCUUAUGAACAAAGAAUGCUACACAAAGGAUUCUGCAUAGCUGUUUUACCACCAAGAACUAGCACAGAAAUGAAUAGAUUAAAGUUAAUAAGGACUGGCGCAUCUGUUGUACUGGUUUCCAGUACAAACAGGAGAAUUUGGCUGAGAUCACUGUGUUCCACAGGUGUGCCUACAUGUAGAUGUGCUUUCUCUGUGCUCCUAGGCAACAGAAUGUGCUUAUCCCUCCCUUAUCCAUGUACCCACGAUUGUUUUGGAACAGUUUUGGCACCAGCAUAGAAGACCCAUGUCUCCAUGGAUGUGAAGGAUCAAGAGUAGGAGAAGCACUUAGAUGUACUAAUGCUUCUGUGUGGGGCCAAUAAUGCAGCUCAUGUGGUUUAAAAAUUUAGCAGGGGCUGUUCAGGUAUAGCUCGUGAAAAAUGGAUGGGUUUGCUCUUUGAUGUGUAACACUUUAUGCAAGCUGAAAGACAAAAAGAGAGGAUAACAUUAUGUUCAACUGACUCUUGCUGGAGGAGUUUCCCGGCUGGGUUACCAUGGUGCAUCCCAGGGUAUAGAUAGUAUCCUCUCCAUACGGCGAGAAGUCAUAGGAUGGGGGCCAAGCAGAGACCUUGCUCUCCAAAGCUGCUCUUGGGUUUUGCUCUUCAUUAUGGAGUUUUACGUCUAAAAUAGUUGCUGCACUGUGUUUGUGAGAACCUUGCCAGGAGUAAGGUCAUUAUGAUGGAGGUACUCUGCUGCUAGUAAUGUGGGCUAUCCCAGUGGUAUGCAUUGAAUGUGAAAUGUUUGACUUUUACAUGUGUCUGAGAAAGGGCACUGUUGUACUGCAGUAGAUUCAUUGGAUACCAGGAACAACUGACCAUCCUGCUGCAAUUCCAGUAUUACCAUUCCCCUACUGUGGUAUUUCCCUCUCAUACUUCAGUCUCAGGCCAUAUAUAUAUAUAUAUAUAUAGAGAGAGAGAGAGAGAGAGAGAGAGAGUUUUGCAAUGCAUUAACUGUAAGAAGUAAUGGUAUUGAUCCUCCCUUUGGGAGGGUUUUUCCUAAAAGGUGACCAAGAAACCUAAUAAACUAGAAAAUGAAA